UAAUCAGCCAGUUCCCGCCGCAUCCACGCCUCGUUUAGCCCUUAGCCACCUGAAUAUAUAACGAUUAUUUGUCUGGAUAACCGUCACCAUCGAAAUGCGUUCCACCAUCAUCAUCACAGCCCUCGCGGCGUCUGGCGCCGUUAAUGCCGGUGUUACCGGCACCAAGAACUCCAAGCGUGCCACCAUCACUCCCAUCACCACCAAGGGUAACACCUUCUUCAAGGGUAACGAGAGAUUCUACGUUCGCGGUAUUGCUUACCAGCCCGGUGGUUCUUCUGCCAACCUCGACCCCCUUGCCGAUCCCAAGAUCUGCCUUGAGGAUAUCAAGAAAUUCGAGGAUCUUGGCAUCAACGUUGUCCGUGUCUACUCUACCGACAACUCCAAGUCGCACAAGGAGUGCAUGGAGGCCCUCGCGGACGCCGGUAUCUACGUUGCCCUUGACGUCAACAACCCGCUGUACUCCAUCAACCGCGCGACCCCCCACCCCUCUUACAACGCCGUCUACCUGCAGAGCGUCUUCGCCACCAUCGACGAGUUCGCCCAGUACGACAACACCUUCGCCUUCUUCUCCGGCAACGAGGUCAUCCACGAUGAGGCCGAGAGCACGCUCGCCGCGCCCUACGUCAAGGCCACCGACCGCGACAUGAGGGCCUACAUCAAGGCGCGCAAGUACCGCGCCAUCCCCGUCGGCUACUCGGCCGCCGACGUGUCCAAGAACCGCAUGCAGACGGCCAAGUACUUCAACUGCGGCACCGACGAGGAGCGGUCCGACUUCUUUGCCUUCAACGACUACUCGUGGUGCAAGAGCGACUUCAAGACCUCGGGCUGGGACGUCAAGGUCAAGAACUUCACCGACUACGGCCUGCCCAUCUUUUUGUCCGAGUACGGCUGCACCACCAACGGCCGCGACUUCGGCGAGGUUUCGGCCCUCAUGGACCCCAAGCUCAUGACCAAGGUCUACAGCGGUGGUCUCAUGUACGAGUACACCAUGGAGGAGAACGGAUACGGAAUCGUCAACAUCACCAAGGGCAAGGACAUCACCGACCAGACCGGCAAGCGCAUCGAGCUGCCCGAGUUCGCCGCCUACAAGAAGGCCCUCGCCACGUACCCCGCCCCAACCGGCGACGGUGGCUACUCCCAGACGACCAAGGCCCAGGACUGCCCUCCCAAGGAUGACGACUGGCUUGUUGAGGACAAUAAGCUUCCCGAGAUGCCCGCUGCUGCUAAGAAGUUCCUCGAGAACGGCGCCGGCAAGGGUCCCGGUCUCAACGGCCCCGGCUCCCAGUGGGCCGGUGAUGCCUCUCCCACCACCACCGGCGGCUCCGGUUCCGGCUCUGGUUCCGGCUCCGGCUCCGGCAGCGCUUCCUCCACCGCUUCUGCCACCCAGAACGCUGCUGGUUUCGCCGUCUCUGGUCCCCUGAACAAGGGCCCCUUCGUCGUCACCGGUCUUGCUGUCCUCUUCACCCUCGUCGGUGCUGUUGCUUUGUAAUUUAGCGACGAACCGACUAUGUGAGUGAGUGCAUGCGUUGUUUGAAUUAUUUUUAUGUGCAUAGUAUUAUACCAUACGAGAACAUAUAGACAUG